ACAUACUAUCAUCAAGGAAGGAAGAAGAAGACAAGAAUACAUAGAAAUUUUUAUGUGGUUUGAAGGCCAAACCGUCGGUUGGCGGUUGAAUUUCCAGGAUGAAACAUCUUAUAUUCAAUACACAUAUAUAUGUAAUAUACUUUUGCCCGGCGUAACCAGCAUCGGUGUCCUUCGUGCCAUAUUUGGUGUGAAGCACGGAUGGCUACGGCAACCAGCGGUGGACCAUGUCUGGAUCCCAUCGUGAAGCCAUUUUCCCCUCAUCACCUUCCUUUCGUCCUCCAAAGGCUAGAAUGCUGCAGAAGCAUCGAAGAGCUCAAACAAAUCCAUGCUGCCCUUCUCAAAUCCAGGUUUGCUCAAUCCACUCUGGUCUUGAGCAAACUUGUGUCCUUGUGUGCCGUCUCGAAGCACAGGAACUUGGACUACGCCCGCAUGGUCUUCAACCAAAUCCACUGCCCAACUGUACACAUAUACAAUUCCAUGAUCAGGGGCUUCUCUUUCGGCGAAAACCCAAGUGAGGCCAUUUUGUUCUACAGGAAAAUGGUCUGUCAUGGGCUCUUUCCCGAUAAUUAUACCUUCCCCUUUGUGUUCAGAGCUUGUGGUCAGUUGAGAGCUUUGAGGGAAGGGGAGGAGCUUCAUGUUCAUGCAAUUAAACAUGGUUUUGAGUCAUACCCAUAUGUCAAGAACACUCUGAUUCGGAUGUAUGCGAUGUGUGGUGAUCUGGGUGCUGCGCGGCAAGUGUUUGAUAGGGUCGGUGAACCAGAUUUAGUCUCCUGGACCACCAUGGUUGGUGGGUACGCGAAUAUGGGGUUUCAUAAGUUGGCAAUUGAGAUGUUCCUUCAGAUGGAGAGGGCUAGAGUUGUAGGGGAUGAGGUGACGAUGGUGAUUGUGCUUAGUACUUGUUCACAGCUAGGUGACUUGGAUAUGGGUAAGAAGGUACAUAGGUACAUUGUAGACAAUGGUGUUAAGAUGGACGUUUUUGUUGGAAAUGCAUUAGUGGAUAUGUACAUUAAAUGUGGGGACGUGGAUUCUGCUUGCCAAGUGUUCGAUCAAAUGCGUGAGAAAAACAUAGUUUCUUGGAACGCCAUGAUUGCUGGUUUGGCGCAACAAGGGCAGUACAAGGAGGCGUUGGCGAUGUUCCGCAAAAUGCAGGUCAUUGGUUUUGAACCUGAUACUGUCACGAUGGUGGGGGUGCUGAGAGCCUGCGCCAGCUUAGGGGCACUUGAGUUGGGAAGAUGGGUUCAUGUGUAUAUGGACAAGAACCAUACGAAGGCAGAUGGUUAUGUAGGAAAUGCACUUGUUGACAUGUAUGCCAAAUGUGGGAAUAUAGAGCAAGCAGAAGAUGUCUUUAAUGGCAUGGCUAACAGGGACGUCUUCUCAUACACUUCGAUGAUAGUUGGGUUUGCCAUGCAUGGGCUAGGGAAGAGGGCCUUGGCCCUUUUCAAAGAGAUGUCUAAGGUUGGUGUAGCCCCUGAUGAGAUCACAUUCAUUGGUGUGCUGUCAGCAUGCAGCCAUGCUGGGUUGGUGGAAGAAGGCCGUCGGCACUUUGAUGAGAUGAUCAAAGUUUAUCGUCUUACACCUGAAAUAGAGCAUUAUGGUUGUAUGGUCGAUCUCCUCGGUCGAGCAGGGCUUCUUGAUGAAGCAGAAGAGUUCAUCAAGGCCAUGCCAAUGCAACCAGACGCCUUUGUUUGGGGAGCUCUGUUGGGUGCCUGUAAAAUUCAUGGUAAAGUUGAACUGGGUGGACGCAUCAGUCGCCUUCUCCUGGAGCUGGAACCGCAACGAGAUGGCGCGUAUGUCGUCAUGUCCAACAUAUAUGCCUCUGCUAGCAGGUGGCCGGAUGUUGUGAACAUCAGAAAAGAGAUGAAAGCGCGCAAACUGAAGAAGACACCAGGGUGUAGCUUAAUUGAACUGGAUGGCAUGGUGCAUGAGUUCCGGAUGGGCGAUAGAUCGCACCCCAAGACGAAAGAAAUAUACUUGAUGUUGGAGGAAAUCAUAGACCGCUUGAAAGUUGAAGGAUACAGGGCCUGUACCAGUGAGUCCUUGCUUGAUGUAGAUGAGGAGGAGAAGGAAAGCUCACUGCAUCGUCAUAGUGAGAAGCUAGCAAUUGCUCUUGGUCUGAUCAGCACAAGCGCGGGCACAUCUCUUCGCAUCGUGAAGAACCUCCGAAUGUGUAGUGAUUGUCAUGCUGUGAUUGAGAUCGUUUCAAAGAUCUACAGUCGCGAAAUCGUCGUUAGAGAUCGAAAUAGAUUCCACCACUUCCGGAAUGGUUCGUGUUCUUGUUCAGAUUACUGGUAAUCACUUUCUGUUGUAAUGCUGAUUGUAAUUAUACCCGAUGUAAUGAUUUCACCGAACCCAGCUGCUCAUUGAAAUUGAUCAGACCCAUCACAGGAAAAAGAAUUGCAAAGCCUGAAUUUGAACCCAA